AUGACACAGCUGAACAGCUUUUCUGUCAUCAAGAUGGUUCACUUGCCUCAAAAUAUAUCUUUGAAGCCUUUGUUUAAAGAGGUUCUGGUUGCUGAACUUAAGUUUGACUUUCUUCUACUGAUAUGCAUCUGUUCAGGUCAGUCCACAGAGACCAGUCAGCCUCAGCUGGUUACAGCCAUGGUUGGUGAGGAUGUUGUGUUGCCGUGUCACCUGGAGGCUCCCCUGAACACUGAUGAGUUAGCAGUGGAGUGGGGGAGACUUGACCUAAAUCCCAGAUUUGUGCAUCUGUGGUUCGACGGGAGUGAAUAUAAAGAUGACCAAAACAUCGCCUACAAAGGAAGAACAUCGCUGUUUACGGAGAGACUGAAAGAUGGAGACGUUUCACUGAGACUGAGUGGUGUGAAACACUCUGACAAUGGUAGAUUCAGAUGCUACGAUCCGAAAGAGAUUGAAGAAUAUUUUGUUGACCUUUUUAUUGGUUCAGUCUCCUCACCCAGUAUCAGUUUAGCAGGACUGGACAACAGCAGCCUUGGAGUGAUGUUAGACUGCAGCUCUGCGGGCUGGUAUCCAGAGCCUGAGAUUAUAUGGCUGGACGGGGAAGGAAAGAUCAUGUUUGCUGGAGCUACAGAGAAAACCAAAGGUCUUGACGGUCUCUACACUAUCAGCAGCAGAGUGACUGUGGAAAAGAGACACAACAACAACAUCACUUGCAAAGUCCAACAGAAAGACAUCAACCAGACCAGAGAGAAACACAUUUAUAUUCAAGAUUAUGCCUUUGGAGUCCGGUUUCCUUGCAUUAUGCCUCUUCCUCUCUCUUUAAAUGCAGUUUUGG